CUGGAUUGUGAAAGAAUGAGAAAAACAAAUGAAUUCCCUUCUCCAAAUCUGAACUCACAAACGGAUGCAGUCAUGAGGGGUCAGAAUGUAUCUCUAUCUUGUUUCAACCAGUACAAAUCACUGCGGAUCACCUAUUUUUUGUUUCGGGGUGAGAAAUGCCUGAGCAUCCAGAAUGGACCCAUGACUUUUAACCUAACAAUCUCAGAAGCCCGUGACUUGGGCCCCUACAAAUGCAAAGCCCAAGUUUCUAACUGUUCAAAAUACAGUCGUGAGUUCAACUUCACAUUUGUCGAUCCAGUGACUGCACCAGUGCUGAACAUCAGUGUUGUUCAAACAAAAACAGACAGAUACAUAAUGCUACGCUGCAUCUCAUUCAACGGCUCUCUGCCCAUCAAUUAUACUUUCUUUGAAAAAAACAUGGCCGUAUCACCAGCUAUCUCCAAGAAUAUAAGGGAGCCUGCUGAAUUUAACUUAACAAAGAAUAACACUGGAGAAGGGAAAGAGUAUAGGUGUGAAGCUAAAAACAGAUUGCCUGACCAUGCAAAAUACAGUCAACUCAUCACCAUACCCUCAACAGGAGGAGAGAGCUGUCCUUUCUGCCUGCAGCUACUGCUUCUGGGGUUUCUGCUUCUGGUGCUAAUAGUAAUAAUCCUAAUUCUGGCAUUUUGGAUGCUACCAAAGUACAAAGCAAGAAAAGCUAUGAAAGAUAAUACACCCAGAGUCUAUGGAAAUACACCCAUGGAAGAUGGAAUAUAUGCAAAUAUCUGUAAAAAUCAAGCAGAUGAGAAAUUUGUGCCAGGCUUAGAACCAAGGCAAUGUGUUUCCAAAGCCCGAGAUGGGACUGAAUACUCUCAGGAGAUACAUUAUACCACCCCCAUGUUCCAGGAGGUGGCACCGAGAGAUCAGGAAACCUGUAAUGAUUGUAAAACUGGAUAUGCCUAUUCUGAACUCAUCUUCUGAGAUUUAAAGAUAGAAACUACAUCUCAGGGUUUUUCUUACAAUCUGGAGAUCAGAAAACUACUGCUGCUACUGUUACCGCUGUUGCCUCUGCCACAACUGCGUCACCCAGAAACUGGAGCCCAAUGGAGUGUGGAGUUAUGCCACUGGAGACAUUUGCUUUUCAGUGGAAACCAUCACCUCCCUUCUACUUUCCAGGUCCCAUGUACAUGCAUCUAAUUGGUAGAAGAUAUUCACAGCCAUGCCCUGGCAGCAAAGGAACUGUAAUUUUUCAGGUUUCAGACCCCACCAAACAGAAGAAGGGUUAUGAUGUGGCUUAAGAGAGCCAAUCAAAGUAGCUACCACACUAGCCAAAAUAUCAAUCAAGA